CUGCUUUCUGACCCUGCUCGAUGUACAAAAAAAAAAAAUUCUUUCGAUCUCAACAACUUUUAUCUCCUCACACAAAAAGUUAUUUUUUUUUUUAAAUUGUAAUGUUUAAAUAAAUCAACAUUUAUCUUAUCUUGUGGUUCAUGAAUAUGUUUAAUAUGAAUAAACAAAGAUAAAAUAAAAAAUACCUAACCCUUUUCUUUUUUCUCUCUGGUGUCUUAUCGUUGUUCGUCGUUGUUAUUUUCGAUUCCGAUAUAAUAAAUGAAAAAAUCGGUCACGCAUUCACUUUCAGACGACGACAGUGGGAGGAGGAAUGUUCAUUUUCAUUUUCAUUAGUGUGACUCGUCCUUCCAAUAAAUAAAUUUUAAAUUAAAACGAAAGAAAACUAAUUAGAAACCACCAAAACCAUUACAAAGUCACAAUAGCCCAAAAAGUCUGUGUUCCCAAUUUAAAUGAUGAUUGGCCAUGAAGAUCGACCUCACCCUCGCUAAAUAAAAUACAUAAUUGUAUUUACAAAAAAAGCUAAAAUAAUAAAUUUUUAGUGUCCUUGGAAGAAUUUGGUGGUGAAUAGAAAAUAAAACAGAAAAAAUACAAAAAAUGCAUUGGACAGUAAGAUUGGAUGGUGGACCAAGGCGAGUGAAUCAUGCAGCUGUUAGUGUCGGCGAAUUCAUUUAUUCAUUCGGUGGCUAUUGCACUGGCGGCGAUUACAAAAUCUAUGAAUCUAUCGAUGUUCAUAUAUUAAAUACCAACACUUUGAGAUGGUCACUGGUGCCAACGAAGAAAGAUGAAAGUGGACUUCCUUGGAAGUAUCCAGAAGUUCCAUUUCAAAGAUAUGGCCACACAGCUGUUGCCUACAAUGACAAAAUCUACCUUUGGGGUGGACGCAAUGACGACAAUCUAUGCAAUGUUUUGUAUUGUUUUGAUCCCAAAACCCUAACUUGGUCCCGACCAAAAGUAACAGGCUCAAUUCCCGGGGCACGUGAUGGCCAUUCAGCAUGUGUCUAUGGCAAUUUUAUGUAUAUUUUCGGAGGAUUCGAAGAUGACAUCAAUGAAUUCUCUUGUGAUGUUCAUAGUUUGAAUUUUGACACAAUGGAAUGGAAAUAUAAUCAGACAUUUGGUGUAGCACCAUCAUUUCGUGAUUUUCAUUCGGCAGCUGCUAUUCAAGAUCGAAUGUACAUAUUUGGGGGUAGAGGUGAUAAGCAUAGUCCUUAUCAUAGUCGCGAAGAGAUGUACUGCCCAGAGAUAGUUUAUUUAGAUUUGAAGACAAAGGUAUGGCAUCGACCAUCGACAACGGGAAAAGUUCCAGUUGGUAGAAGGAGUCAUUCUAUGUUUAUUUAUAACGGACUGAUAUAUGUAUUUGGAGGUUAUAAUGGACUUUUGGAUCAGCAUUUCAAUGACUUGUAUACAUUCGAUAUUAAAACGAAUCUAUGGAACUUAGUCAAGCCCAGAGGUAAAGCACCAUCUGCUCGUCGAAGACAAGUCUGUCUAGUCAAAGGGAAUCGUAUGUUCUUAUUUGGAGGAACGAGUCCCUACAACUUUUUACCAGAUCUUCCACCGCUCAUAGAUAAUAACGACACUCAUGUUCUGGAUUUCGAUCCAAGUCUCAAAACGUUAGCAUUAUUAAAGGUUGUUGAGCAUCGAAUCGACACAUCUUGGCUGCCUAAGGAAGUGAGGUGGGAAAUUCGUUCGAUGACUUUGCCCAACUCAAUAAGUAGGCCCAUCAAUCAUGCUGGUUAAUAAGAUAUAAUUUUUGUUUAAGGCCUAAAACAAAUUGGUUUAGUCAGUAGAAUUAUGAUGAAAGUUUUUUGAGCUAAGAGAAGAAUACAAAAGUGUUCCGAAAAGAUGAUAAUUAUUGGCAGCUCAAUCAACUAGCCAACAAAAUAUUAUUGUUCUAUCUUCGAAUAACAACAUCUCUGCCACUUAAAUCGAUUCAUAUCAAUUUUCCAACGAGUAGAAUUUUUUGUUUGUCGAGGACUCAUGCUUCUUUCGACUCUUUAUAAACUGCUUUAUGUCUCUAAGUUUAAUUUUUUUUGUUUAAAUAAGAAACCACCGACAAAAGCGAAAGGUUAUUUUUUGAGAAUCGAUUACAAUAAUAUUGUCCAAGGAAACUCGUAAUUGCAUCAUCAAACAAAUUCUACUGACUCAGCUAAAAAAAAAAUCAAUGGCACAAAGACAUGAAUGAUGGCUUCACCAUAAUAAAGCUCCAAUUCUGCCCAAUUAAAUUAUAACAAAAUGAAAAAAAAAAA